AUGCCACGCCGGACGAGCCUCGCACGAGAGUGCAGUGCUUGCCAAGCCUCAACCCCACCAGAGGCGGUGGCCACGAUACACUCCGUUUCCCCCUCGUGGGUACAAGCUGUGCUGGAGCGCGACCUGCAGAAACACGAACGCGAUCGGGCCCGCAGGCUCAGUUUGCACCUACAGCGACACGGAAUUACGAUCAAGAACCCGCCAGUCAAGCCGGAUAAUCACGCGCUAGACGCCACGAUGCAGCACGCACUCUCUCGGCUUGCUCUACAGCACGGUCACAGCCUGGUCAAAAUUGUGGAGCUGGUGCGAGGACAAACAACGGAAGACCCACGGCCAAACAAAGCACUAUGCCCAGAUCGACUUCGGCGGCUCCUGGCCGGAUAUCAGCACUGCGAUCUUAUCUGCCAAAUUGCUGCCGUAGGCGUCUCCCCGCGGUGGCAAGUGCAGAGGUCCCAACGCCAAGCUGUCCCCGACAAUCACCAGUCAGCCAACCGGCACUUGCACGCAGUGCUGCGCAGUAUCCGCCGCGGACAAGAUGCCGGCCAGUAUCUCGUGCUCGACGACACCAUCCUGCGACGCUGGAAAAACACGCACGUGAGCCCCUUGGGCACAGUCGCCAAGAAGGACAUCGACCCCAGCAUUGAAGUCCGGCUCAUCCACGACUUGUCGUUUCCCCGCGGUCGAUCAACGAACGAGGCAUCUGCAAAAUCCGAGUUCCCCCCGAUCGACUACCGUCAUGUCGUCGCCAUUGUACGGCGCAUCGAGGCGUGCGCUGCAAGAUUUCCCGGGCGCACGAUCUGGAUUUUGAAAGGUGACGUAAAGGGUGCCUUCCGCCACCUGAUGCUGGCCAGUCGACACGUCCGCUGGAUGGGCGCACGGAUCCCUCAGUGCCGGGCACUCAUCGUCGAUAUGUCCGCGCCUUUCGGCUGGACGGGUUCCCCUGCCUAUUACGGCGUCUUCGGUAGUGCCAUCUCCUGGCAUGUCGGUCGGGAGAGCCCAGCGACAAUACUCGGCGACACGACUUCAACGGAUCGAGAAGCCUUCUUCCCCUACGAGUGGGUGGACGACAAUAUCCCGGUCGAACCGGACACUGCUGGACGGCUACAAGCGGCGGAAGCGUGUCUCCGACUCGCUAUGAUGGCGGUGCUUGGCCCUCGUGCCAUUAACGAGGCGAAGUUCUCCGCGUGGAGCACCAACAUCGAAGUGCUCGGACUCGAGUUCAACAGCGACGCAAGGACUGUGGCAAUGCCACGUGACAAGCUGGGCAAAGCUGCUGCGCGCGUGACAAACCUCCAGCGCGCAUCGUCGGCUUCGCGCCACGAGCUAAACUGCCUCCUAGGGAGUCUCCGCCACGUAAUGUGCAUCCUCCGGUCGGCAAAACCGUUCUACCAGCGUGUACACACCGCCAGCAAGCGCGCUCCGUCCCGGGGUCGAGUUCCUAUCGGCGAUUCCAUUCGCCUAGAUCUCCGAUGGUUCCAGUACAUCUUGAUUCAUGGCCUAUGGUCUGGUCUACCUUCGUCAAUGUUUGGUGAGGACCCCCCAAUCGACGUCCACUGGUACAUGGAUGCCAGUGACUACGGGCUAGCGGUCGCGGAUUCAGCCCAGCAGCGCUCUAUCCAGCUCACAUUCGACGACCAAGAACGCUCAAUGAUUCGUGGGACGAAAGGUGAUCAUCUCUUCAACAUCAAUGUACGGGAGCUGCUCUGCGUCGCACUAGCUGCGGUGCUAUGGACUCUGAACCCCGCUCGCGAUCGACAACAGGACUCGGCUCAGCUUAUCCGGUUUGCGGUCUUCUGCUGGCGACCCGCUCCUCCAGCGCGAGGAAACUCAGCCAGCACCAUUUUGUCCAAGAUUGGCCAUCUCAGCUGGAUUCAUCGACGGUUCUGUGGGUUCCCGGUCGGCCUCCACGAAGGUCACCAACUGGCCAUGCGCGGGAUGUCAAGGCUGUCGCCACCGCCCCAGCGCAAAGACCCGUUCACCGUCGACUUGCUCCGAUGCAUGCGCUCCCAGCUCAAGUUCGACUCCACCCAUGACCGCGUCCUGAGGGGGGCUGCGGUCAUGGGCAUCUUCUUUAUGCUAAGGCGCUCGGAAUACCUACCCAGGCGGCGCUGGUCGCGAUCCAUUUUCGCGGAGGAAAAGCUGAUCGGAGGGGAGUCGGCGCAACGCGCACCCUCGGAAAGUCGGGUGUCCGCUGGCUGUGCCCAGUUCGAGCCUGCUGGACUCUCGUUCGCCUCGCCAAGAUCCGACAAGCUCAAGAUGGUGAACCGCUGUGUACGACGAGCCUCGGGACGCCUCUGA